AUGGGCGAACAUGUUUGCGCCGGAAGCUCAGAUGCAGAUGAUAAGGCAGACGAGCCUGUUUCAGCAGCUCCGCCAGCAACUUCACUGUUUGGUCGACUGAACCCUUUUAGUGCCUUGUCUGCUGAGCAGCCUCAGGCACCUCAAGUGGACACUACUGUCGGUGAUCGGCUAUCCACAGGUCCAUCCCAAGACACCCGCGGAUCGGUCAGUUUGUCGCCAAAGACCCAAAGCGGACGACCUAGUCUCGGGAGCACCGAUGAUUCACAACCGAUGCGCCGGCCCAGCGCCUUUGCAACGGGUAAUGAGAAGGAUCGGGCCCCAAGCCUGCUACAACGUAUGAACAGCAUGACCCCGGGGCCAUUUGAUACGGAUCGACAGCCAUCGGCGAGUGGGCGCAAUGUCUCCGAUUUCCGUCCGACUACGCCGCUGGGACGCAGCAUGACAGAUUUGCGGCCAAACACACCAGCGCGAAGCAUGACAGACCUUCGACCAAAUACACCAGCGCGAAGCAUGACAGAUCUAGGACCAAACACACCAGCACGCAGCAUGACAGACCUUCGACCAAACACACCAGCACGCAGCAUGACAGACCUUCGACCAAACACACCAGCACGCAGCAUGACAGAUCUGCGAUCUAACACGCCAGCAGCCAGCAUGGCCGAUCUGCAACCAACCACUCCGAUCGAACGGCCAGGCACGUCGGCACGAAACCUCUCUACUGGACCCGGAAACCCGAUGACGCCAAUGAGAGGGAAUGGAUCUGAAGGAUCUGGUCCUCCCCAGCGUGGGCCUCACCCACCGGGGCCGCCGCCACCAGGACUUGUUCAACAAGACCUGAAGCCCGACGACGCCUUCGCCAUGCUGAAUCGCGCCGAGACCUUUCCCCGGUCAAGCCAUACUCCAGAACCCCCACACCGGACACCAUCCGCACCUGGAUUCCGCCCCGAACGACCCCGACGACCGUCUGAAGCAGCUAGAGACGCCGCAAGGGGCCCGGUAUCAGGUCCGAUGCCAGGCCCGAGGCCAGGCGCGAUGCCAGGUCCGAUCUCAAUGACGAACGAUCAAAUGAGAAGGCCGAGUAGAGGCCCAGACACAUCCCGUCCUCCACCACCACGAACCGGCCUCGUUCGGGCGAGAACUACAGGGCCAGAUGGAGCCCGUGCCGUACCAGCCAUCAAUCUCGCAGAGGAAUUCGGAGUAGGAAAUCCAUAUCAUACACCAUCCGAAUCCGUUUCAUCCAAUGAAUCGAGCCAGGCUUCAUUCGAUGGUUCAACCCAGGACACUACUACCUUGGAGCGCCGACCUAGUCAAGCAAGUCAGGCUAGCUCAAGGACGAGCCCACCCCGAUCUGUGGCAUCCAGUGAGAGGAAAGGAUCAGACACGCCCACAUUUGACAGCUCUGUAACAGACCUACAGUCUAUCGUGGACGAGGAUGGAGGUAAACUGACGCGGACACCCUCUACGCAAUCAGUUCCUUAUGAUGGUGGUAUUCCUCAAAUGCUCCGGAAGCUGAGACCACCACCCCUUAGCAAAAGGCCACCACCUCCAGAAGGUGGAUAUGAUCCACGAAUCGACCCACGCUUGCAGCGGAAUAAGUCACCCUUGGCUUCGCCUGCUCUUGAUCUUUCAGGUCUCGACGACCCAAUGAUUCGCCAAUUUGAUCGCGGAGUCUCUCCGCAGCCCGCACCAUCUGCAUCUCCGCUGCUGGCCUCGGCAACAAUCGAGAGAAAGGAUCGAUCAUCAACUGCAACCGCGAAUAGCCAACAAGAACGCCCAGCGUCUCAAUCGUCUCAGCGCCCUGCAGAGCGGAGCAGUCGCCAGUCCUUGUCCGCACUGGAGAUACAACAACAGGAGCCGCCACAGCCAGACUCUCCUUUGUCUCCGGCAGAGGAGCAACAAAUGCCUCAAAUAAAAACUCAAGCCAAACAGCGACAGCCCUCUCAACCACCGCAACCCGCCGAAUCGCCAGCUGCAAAGGUCGCUGAAGAGCAACAGGAACCGAAGACACAAACAAGCCCACGGGCUCCAGGACCGGACGAAUGGCAGCGUAGGAGUAGCGAUGGAACCGCAAGGCCGGAUCAAGAACGGGAGCCGGCGCCCUCGCAGCCUCGACAGGCUCCUCCAGCUACCUCAUCUCGUGGCGACUGCAAAGGCUGCAACCUGCCCAUCACAGGUAAAUCCAUUUCCAGCGCGGAUGGCCGUCUAACGGGACGUUAUCACAAGGCCUGUUUCGUGUGCUCGACAUGUCGCCAGCCCUUCUCCUCAGCCACCUUUUAUGUCCACCAGGAUCGACCGUACUGCGAGCGCCAUUACCACGAGCUCAACGGAAGUCUCUGCGGAAGCUGCGACAACGGUAUCGAAGGCCAAUACCUCGAAGACGAACGGCGCAGGAAGCACCACGUCGGUUGCUUCCGGUGUGGCGAUUGCAAGCUCGUGCUGAAGGACGGCUAUUUCGAGGUCAACGGAAAGGCCUAUUGCGAAAAGGACGCUUGGAGGAGGAUGCAGUGGCUCGCUAGUAACGGCGCUGGGGGCCCGGGUCGGAAACCUCCUCCGCCCGGACCGCGGUUCGGACCUCCUGGAGCAGGGGGGCCACCACGGACCGGUCCUAUGGGACCGAUGGGACCUGGUAUGGGCCGCCCCGGUAUGGGUCCGGGCGCACAUGACCUGCCGCCGCCGGGUAUGCCGCGCAUGGAGAAGCGUAUGACGAGACUUGGCAUGAUUUGA